UGGCCAAGACUCUGACCUAGACCUUACCCUGCUCCCCACCCUCUGUGGCUUCUUCCUUCUGCUAGAAGGAGCCUUGAUGCUGGAGGGGAUAUUGACAGGUGGGAGGUGGACAGUGAAGGACCCAGGCAUUAAGUCAUGUCAGGGAUUGGAAUGGGGGGCCAGGAAGGUGGGGGCUGUUGGGGAGCUGUGAUUAGAAACCGGGUGUCUUUGGGAGGGCAGAGCCGGAGGGCCAGGAGUAAGAGGGUGCGGUGCUGGGAGUUGUCGCCUGGAGUGGAAACUCCAAGAAGGCUGCUGAAGGGCGUGAUUCUCAGGGUUCUGGCCAGGGCCCCAGAAGGUGGGAUCGGCUAGGGUAGGAGACAGAAGAAAACGGAGAAGAGCAGACGGUGGGGGCUGGAGAAAGCAGGGCUGGACAAAGAGCACUUAGGGCAGAAACCGGUGGGGGAAAGGGCGGCACCGAGGCUGGCCAGGGGCGUCUCCCAGCUCAGGCUCAGCCGCGUCCCAGGCGCACCUGUCGGGAAGAGGGGAAGAGGCACCUUGUGCCCAACCAAGGGAAGUCCAGUCCGAGGGGCUGACUCGGAGCUUGGGACUCCGGAGCAGCCACCGCCUUCUCCGCACCAGCGGUCAAAGCCCGGCAAGUGAAGGGGUGUGACCCUGGAGCUCAGGUUUCUUCCUCCUCACCUGGGCAAGGAGGGGUGGGGGCAACGACUUCCGGUUCAGGUGAGUGUCCCUUCGGUGACGUCAGGUCACCCUCUGCCUCCCCUCCGGCCCCGCCCCCCCCCUCCCGCACUCUUGGUGCCUGCGGGGCCGCGCCCCCGACGCCCUACAUAUACUCAGGUGCGCCGCACCUGCUCGCCCGCACCUGCCGGCUCACCUCGGAGCAACCUGUUCCGCGCACCGCAGCCUCGGGCUGACAGCCCAGGAUACUCUCUGGGGCUUGCUGGCACCCAGGACCGCGCCCAUACGUCCCCUCCACCUUUUGCUUGGGUAGGGUCGUCGAGAGCGCCGGAGGGAACCGCCUGGCCUUCGGGGACCGCUUUUGUCUGGAUCCACUCCUCCCGGCGUAGCCUGUUCCCUCUGCCGCGAGGCCAUCGCUCCACUGGGAGGCCGAUUUGUGUGUACUAAGAGUGACAAGAUUUGCAGUCACUUGGCCAAGAACUUUUUUGUCUUUUUGGGUGACUUAAAAACUCCGCCCCAAGUUGUCUUUUGUGGGGCUGCCCCCCAAGUUUUGUUUGUUUUACUGUAGGGUCGCCCGCUCGGCGCCCUUAGUCCUUUUCUGAGGGCGGAAAUGGCCAAUUCGGGCCUGCAGUUGCUGGGCUUUGCCAUGGCUCUGCUGGGCUGGGUGGGCCUGGUGGCCUGCACCGCCAUCCCGCAGUGGCAGAUGAGCUCGUACGCGGGCGACAACAUCAUCACGGCCCAGGCCAUGUACAAGGGGCUGUGGAUGGACUGCGUCAUCCAGAGCACGGGCAUGAUGAGCUGCAAAAUGUACGACUCAGUGCUCGCGCUGUCGGCGGCCCUGCAGGCCACUCGAGCCCUAAUGGUGAUAUCCCUGGUGCUGGGUUUCCUGGCCAUGUUUGUGGCCACCUUGGGCAUGAAGUGCACGCGCUGCGGGGGAGAUGACAAAGUGAAGAAGGCCCGUAUAGCCAUGGGUGGAGGCAUCAUUUUCAUCGUAGCAGGUCUUGCUGCCUUGGUAGCUUGCUCCUGGUAUGGCCAUCAGAUAGUCACAGACUUUUAUAACCCCUUAAUCCCCACGAAUAUUAAGUACGAGUUUGGCCCUGCCAUCUUUAUUGGCUGGGCAGGAUCUGCUCUUGUCAUCCUGGGAGGUGCACUGCUCUCUUGCUCCUGUCCUAGGAGUGAGAGCAAAACUGGAUACCGUGCACCCCACUCCUACCCUAAGUCCAACUCUGCCAAGGAGUAUGUGUGAGCUGGGACCACCAGGCUCCAGCCUGACAGGCUAUGGGUGUGCCCAGAUGCUUGAAAGGACCUGGGGCAGAGCUCAGCCCCACAGUGGGCAGGGUGUAAGACAAAGGCCUCCUGGUCACUUCAUCCCUGCACACCAUGUACAGUUCUCUAGGGGGUUGGGUAGGGGAGACAAAAAUAGGGGAGGGUGUGCUUUUUGUACCGUAAUAAAAUAUAAGUUUUGGAAAGCAGGCUUUUAUUUCCCUUCAGGGCCUUUGUUUUUCUCCUGUUCAGACUCUUGCAGGGAACUUGGAAUCUGAAGUACUCCUACUUCAGUUCAAAAAACACUUAAUAGAGCAUCAGUGGGGUGCGAGGCUACUCUUGGCCUUCAUUUCAUUGCUAUUGUCAUUGAGGCCCCAACACCUUGACAACUGACUCUCAAAGGUGCUUGGCUCCCAUCAUCUAUUCCCACCCACCCCUUUUAUUUAAAUAACUACCAAAGUUUCUUUUGUAAUAAAAUAUAAAGAUUUUA